CCAGAGCCCGCCGCAGAGGAGGUGGCAGCCCAGGCAGCGAGGGGAGCAGCAGGCGCCGCCGCACCCGGGAGCGCCGGCGGCGGCGGGGGCCGAGACGUCCGAGGCGUCCCCCGGCAGCCUCCCCCCGAGCCCGUCGGGCCAGCAGCCGGUGCGGGAGGCGCCGCCCCCGCAGGAGCGGCAGUGGCCGCAGGCGCUGCGGCCGCAGCAGAAGCCGUGGCCCCGAGAGGCGCCGCCGGCGCCGGCUCGCUUGACCGCGGCGGCAGACGCCGCGGCGGGAGAGACGAGCUGCAGCGGGCCUCCGCAGUGCGGACCGCCUGCAGCGGACCACCUGCAGCGACCACCUGCAGCGACCACCUGCAGCGACCACCUGCCCCAGAGGCCCCCCGCAGCGGACCACCAGCCGCGAGGCACCGCCGCCGCAGGCUGCAGCGCGGGGGCCGAGGCUGUCGGCAGCGGGGCCCUGCAGACCCAGCCGCUGUGCUCGGCCGCGUCCCUGGCGGGGACGUGCUCCUCGCGCGGGUGGUGGGAGGUCUUGGGGCAGGCGCGAGCCGAGCGCAGGCGCGCCCCUCGCGGGCCCCACAGCCCGCCCGACAGCGGCGAGAGCGACGGCUGAGCUCCCUGAGGCCUCCGCGGCGGGCGGCGGAGGAGGGGCUCCGCUGGCCGCCUGGCGCCCCGCCCUCCUGUCCUCCCUCGGCUCGUGUCGGAGGAGCCGAUCCCCUGCCCGACUCCGUAGCCACGGCCUCGCGGGCCGCGCCUCUGGGCGGCCGCGGCCCCUCCGCGUGCGGAGGGGGCGCUGUCUCCGCCGCGGGCGCCCACGCGCGCGGAGCGCAGCCGUGCGAGCGCGCAGCCGCAGGGCCGCAGCUCGGCACCAUGAUUUUUCCUCAGCGGCGAGCGGCCUCUCCCCGCCGAGGCGCGGCCCCCGCCCGUCUCACCCUCCGAGCGACCGCCGCUCCGGCCUCGCACAGCGGCCGCGCGCGCGGCGCCCCGCCGAAGGCUGCAGGCCACGCUAAUUUGGAAGGGUGCGGGAAUUCGGACUCGUGGUUCCGCUCUUGCUCGUAGGGCAGCGGGAGUGCAAA